ACUGCAUCGAAAUCAGCGCAAUUCCGCUCGAAGCUCUCCACCGAGGAGUGGACCCGAUCAGCAGUGAGUGUGUAAAUGAAUAAAUGUGUGUGAUCACUUUGCCAGCACGCCGUGUACCCGAGGACUAGCUCUGAGUCAUUUUUGGCAAGACGUCCAUUUUCAUGGAGCAGUGAAGGCAAGGCUGCCAUGAUUUUAUUCCCAGAGACUUCCGGCGCGUAAAGCAGCCCAUCACCGCGUGGAGAAGGAAAUUCGGUUUUAUGGUGUUUUUUGUUUUUCCCCUUUUUUCUUUCGUACUUUUUUUUUUUUUAAAGAAUACAUUGUGUCCAUCUUCCUUUGAACUACGCACGCGCUCGACGGUCCUCUGUAAGGGCGGGAUGCUGAUAGACAACAAAACACCAACGAGCUGCUGGGAUUUUUUAUUCUCGUAGCAACCUUGGGCCUUGAGUCUCUUAUCUGUUUUUUUUUUUUUUUUUUUGGUCAUUAAUAUCGUUGUUAUCAAUAUAUUUUAUCAUCACUAUAAUUGAUAUAAGAAUGCCAGCUCGAGGUAUGCUGAGUCCGGGGCUGGUCGGAUGGGAGGUGGCGUCAAAACAUGUCCACACACACCGAUGAGAAAGAAAAUGGCCAGGAAACGAGAGGAAGGAUCCGUCAUGAUCAAAUAACCGCGAUGAACCAUCAAAAGGGACGUGUAUGACAGCAAUCAUCCUGUUUAGUUUUUUUUUCUAGCACUGCUCUCUGAGUGAUGAGAUGACUGUGGGACAACACUUUUUUAAAAAUCUGUUUUGUACUUGUUUAUCUUCGUUUUUAGAUCACAUCACUCACCUUCCCUGGACCAGUGCACUGACGCUUGUUUUUUUUUUUUACUUUCUUUUUUUUGCUCUAGUAAGACGGGACAGGGGUUUGAAGUGACUCUCAGAUCCCCUGUGUGGUUUAAGGUUCGAGGUUCGAGGGUCGACUCGUUCUCUGUUCUUUAGACAUAAACAUUUUAAAAGGCGCGUCGAUUUUUCCGGGCCGGAAAAAAAAAACUCUCUCACCCGCACUAACAUGCCAUCAGACAGCAAAUAAACAGAAGAAGAAAAAAAAAGAAAAAGUAGUCUGUGAUAUCGCAAGCUUGUUCCUUUAUACCUUUAUUUCCUGACUAUAACAAGGACUUGUUUAUAAAUAACACAACCACCACUAAUAAUAAUAAUAAUAAUAAUAAUAAUACAUGUCGACACAAUAAUCCGUUUCACUUCUGGCGCAAACCCCACGCAUGUAGGGAAAGAUGUUCAAGAACCGGAUCCGCAUGUUUUUCAACGAGCUCAAGCUCCUGGUGUUCAUGCGGUCCGGUCCUCGGCAGCCCGGCGUGGACGCAGGGACGAGCAUGCGCGGCCUGGGCGCUGUGGGCGGCUGCGGGUGGCGCACGUUCUCCCGCUGCACCGGCGACCACGACGCCGAGGAGUACUACGGCAGCGAUGUGGGCGCGAGGCGGAGCGCGGCGGCGGCGGGACUGGACGAACGGGUGCACGCGAACGCGGACACGGUGUCCAUGAGCAGCGGGACGCGCACUCCCCAGUGCCGCAUCUGUUUCCAGGGACCUGAGCAGGGGGAGCUGUUGAGUCCAUGCCGCUGUGACGGUUCGGUGCGCUGCACCCAUCAGCCCUGUCUCAUCCGCUGGAUCAGCGAGAGAGGCUCCUGGAGCUGCGAGCUCUGCUACUUCAAAUACCAAGUGCUGGCCAUCAGCACCAAAAACCCCCUGCAGUGGCAGGCCAUCUCUCUGACCGUCAUCGAGAAGGUGCAGAUCGCCGCCAUCAUCCUCGGCUCGCUCUUCCUCAUCGCCAGCAUCUCGUGGCUGGUGUGGUCUUCGCUCAGCCCCUCGGCAAAGUGGCAGCGGCAGGACCUGCUCUUCCAGAUCUGCUACGGCAUGUACGGCUUCAUGGACAUCGUGUGCAUAGGCCUCAUCAUUCACGAGGGUUCGUCGGUCUACCGGAUCUUUAAGCGCUGGCAAGCUGUCAAUCAGCAGUGGAAAGUAUUGAACUAUGAAAAGGCCAAGGACUUGGGCGAGCCGAUUAGCUCGAGCAGUAAAGCGUCGGCGCGUGGCUCGCGCUCCAAUCCUCACGGCCUGGGCAGCGGCGGCAGGAGAAAUCAGCGCAUUCGGAGGCUCAGGACUAUCCUCAACCACCACUGCGGCUACACCAUCCUGCAUAUCCUGAGUCAGAUGAGGCCCAGCGAAGCACGCCUCGCCUCCAACUCCAACCGCGAGGUGGUCAUGAGGGUCACGACUGUAUGAGGACGGGGGUGCACUCGCUCCGGGCCGCUGAGACGCGGCGUGCAGAGACUCGCUCUGAGCAGCGGCUGUGUCGUGACUCAUCACAUGACGUAUCGCUCUUGUUUCCUGAGCGGAGUGAAACAUGCACUUGUCAUGAAUGAGAAUUUCAACAUGCUGAGAAGGUUGACCUUUGGGAAUUACAUGGUUCAUAAAAAGAAGCCUACAAGAAAGAGGACCGUCUUUGUGAACAGGCACACAAAACGCAUUUUUAUUUCGUCUCCUCUCUGGUGUCGUUUUAUACCACUAUGGUUUUUACUAUGUUUCAUUUUCUAAAGGGCGUGUGGUUUUAUGAACGGACGCUGCUGUACUGAAUAUAAUGGCUUACAACAAAAAAAAAAAAAAGAAGAAGAAAAAGAAGAAGAAAA